AAUCGGAAUCUCUUUCAACAAAAUAGACAAAAAUGCUACUAAAUCCAAUUGGCCACUGUAAAUAUUUACUUAAAAAGUAAAGCUUGAGCUCCUUUUCCAAUUCCCAGUUCAGAAAGAAAAAAAAUAUUUCUCAAUCUCUCAAGUCUCAAAUCUCAAGAAGCAAAUCCAAUGGCACACAAUAACCACACCCAUCUCCAUGGCCAAGACCUCCCAAAAGUUCUGCAACUUCUCCCAAACCCCUUCUUCGCUCUCGUGGAGGCCAACAACUCCCACAAGUUCCACUUCCUCAAAGCCUGGGCCUCUCCUCUCCCUCAAGACCAGUUCUUGGAAACGCACGCAGGCUCAGUGCAGGUCCUUCUGUCCUCCACCAUUGGACCUCCCAUCACUGCCCAGAUCCUCCAUUUGCUGCCCUCCUUGAAGCUCCUCGUCACCAUCAGCGCAGGCCUCGACCAUAUCGACUUGGCCGAGUGUCGAGCGCGCGGCGUGGCCAUUGCCAACGCCUCUAAGAUCUUCGCUGAGGACGUUGCUGACAUGGCCGUGGGGCUGCUUCUCGAUGUCAUGAGAAAUAUUUCGGCUUCCGAUCGGUUUGUCCGAGAUGGUUUUUGGGUUAGCAAGGGAGAUUUUGCUCUGGGUUCUAAGAUAGGAGGCAAACAAGUUGGGGUUGUUGGAUUGGGAAACAUUGGCUUAGAAGUUGCUAAGAGACUUGAGGCCUUUGGUUGCAAUAUCUUGUAUAACUCAAGGAAGAAAAAACCAUUUGUUUCGUACCCUUUCUUUCCCGAUGUAUGUGAACUUGCAGCUAAUAGCGAUGUGCUUGUCAUUUGUUGUGGUUUGACUGCUCAAACCCACCACAUGAUUAACAAGAAAGUCUUGUUGGCAUUGGGAAGAGAGGGGGUGAUUGUGAAUGUAGGACGUGGGGCUAUAAUCGACGAGAAGGAAAUGGUGCAGUGUUUGGUGCGAGGUGAGAUUGGAGGUGCUGGUUUGGAUGUGUUUGAGAACGAGCCUCAUGCUCCUAAAGAGCUCUUUGCAUUGGAUAAUGUCGUACUGUCACCACAUCAUGCUGUCCUUACACCAGAAUGUUUCACGGCUUUGCGCGAACUAGUAGUAGGGAAUUUGGAAGCAUUCUUCUCAAACAAACCAUUGCUUUCUCAAGUGGAGAAUAAUUGAAUAGAUUUCUAUUUUCAGGGUACAAAAAAUUGAUGAAAAUAAUGAGGGGAUGAAAGAAGACAAGGAUGAAGAACUGAUUCGUAUCGGAUACGGGCUUCCCCUGAAUCAUGCGUAUCAGUGCUGCAUAUAUAUUAUUAUGAUUCAACAAUUGUUGAAUUUUCAAUCUGAUUUUUGGCAGGUUUCAUGCCUUAUUUAAUCAGUAUGCCGUAGUCUUAUCUGAAACUGCAUGUAGCCUCGUAAUUAUUGAUCAAUAAAUCAGCUUCAGUGUUUGUGACCUAGCACUCAAUAAA